UUCGAGGCCAUUCGAAUUGGAUUCCGGCAUAGAAUUAAGACAAAGACAGAACGGCCUGAAUUUAUUUCAGUGUCUUUCCUCUUCAAAGUGUAGCCGCGCGGGGGAGCACGUCAAAGAUUCAUUAAGCGUCGAAUACAGACCCGUGCAACCAAGCGGUGAGUGCGAGUCAACCCUACGGAGAUAGAGAGAGAGAAUCAAGGCCACGCCCGACUGCCUCUCCGAGUUCCCAAGUCAAAGUUUCUUUACCAAUCGUCUAGUUGCGGCGUACGCACGACGCUUCUUCAGUAACUUAUUUACCUUUGAUGCACUCGUGUCUGUUCCCGUCUCCGCUCCCGGAUCAACAUGUCCUUAUCAAUCAUACAGGCAGGAUUGGUCCUUUUCGCCGUGAUGGAGAUUGGAUCUGCAGGAGGCGAUUACUUCAACUCACUUUCAGAUUUUCGAGUGUCGGGAGAGGAAGUGGUGAUCGUGCGGGCGACGACGUCUCGGAUAGGACCGCGAAGUGUUCAAUCCUCCCGACAGCACCAGUUGAAAUUCCGGGCUUUUAAUCAAUCUUACGAUGUGACCUUACAACCCGGUGGGCUGGUCUCUCCCAACUUUACGGUCAUCCUCCGUGAUGGAAACACCACGCAGACCAUCCGCACGCCGUCGCUCGCCAGGUGCUUUUACCGCGGACAACACGCAGCCUUUGAUCUCUGUCGAGGCAUGAGGGGAAUUAUUACCUUGUCACCCAACGAGUUUUUGAGUCUGGAGCCGCUGCGGAUCCACAAGCGAUCGAUGGAGUCGCAAAAUCACCACUUGGUCCGUCGUAUGUCCUGGAACCCCCAAGCCCAACCACUCGUUCCGAAGAAUAGAAAACGUGUUGAAAGAAGCAUCAAUAUUCAGAGCGAAUCGGGUAUUACAAUCGAAACUGCCGUCUUCGUUGACGCCUUUCUCUACAGCCACAUGGCACGGACAAAUUUUCCGGACGAUACCGAACAAGAGAUGACACACUUCGUGCUUGCCAUGAUUAAUGCGGUACAACUACUUUAUCAGGACGAUUCGUUAGGCCGUGAGAUCGAUUUUCAGGUGCAGCGGUUAGAAAUGUGGACUCGUCAGCCACUUGAUCUCCUGCCAAUUUUAGCCGUUUCCUCAUCCGGGACUACUACCGCAAUGCCUGGCAAGCAGGGAAUCCACGAUAUUGACCGAUAUCUCAACCGAUUUUGCCAUUGGCAAAAUCGAGAAAAUCCUAGUGACGACCACGAUCCUGACCACUGGGACCACGCACUAUUGCUAACCGGCCUCGAUCUCUUUGCACUCGGCCGUGAUGGAUUCACCACUCACCAGAUUGUUGGUUUGGCGCCCAUCGGCGGGAUGUGUACGGCAACGAGCAGUUGUACUGUCAACGAAGGGCGACAUUUUGAAUCAGUUUACGUUGUGGCUCAUGAAAUAGGACACAGUCUUGGAAUGAAACACGAUGGACGAGAGGCUGGUAAUGACUGCGACUCGGGCAGCUUCUUAAUGUCACCCACUCUUGGUAGCGGCAAAACGCAGUGGUCACCCUGUAGCAAACAAUACUUGGACGCCUUUCUCAACACGAUGCAAGCAGGUUGCUUGCGGGAUCGCAGUUGGACUCCACAGAGAUUGGAUCAUAACGCAUCCACUUCGCUGCCUGGCGAGCGUUUUACAGCUGAUCAACAAUGUAUGUUAAGGCACGGCCGAGAAAGUCGAAGAAGCCCUCAGAGACCGUUGCACGAAAUUUGUCGUGAUUUGCGUUGUACGAGUGUUCCGGCGAGGUCGGUCCGUCAAAUUGGCAGCAGAUUAGUUUCAUAUGCAGCACAUCCAGCUUUGGAAGGAACGACAUGCGGUGAAGGCAAGUGGUGUCGAAGAAGUCGAUGCACAUCUCGAGUCCGACUACAGAACUAUGACGUUGAUCAAAAUACGUACAACAACGGCGAUAAUCCAUUGUGGUCCGUCGUUACACCGUGUGCUUCGGGAUGUCUGUACGGGAUCAAUUCUUUGAGUAGUGGGAGUAUGGCUAUUUCCACGCAAGUUCAGAAUUGUAAACAUCAUUUACCGUGCAACAACGUGCGAUAUCAAACUUGUGAUGGAUCACAACUCUGUUACAACGUCACUCGCACAACCAUUCAGCAUUACUCUGAUCAUGUUUGCCAUCAAGCUGCGCAACAAAAUUCUUCCAUUCUUCCUAAAGGAAUCCAGCAACUCAGUGUAGAUGCAUACCGAUCGUGCCAAGUGUGGUGUUAUUUGAGGUCGGGUGGACUGACGUCUGCUGCAGGCUGGAUAUACCCUGAUGGUACACGAUGCCAAACUGGAUCUACCUCUAACCAGUACGGUCGAAACACAAACGACAAAAAGAUGGCAACUCUUUGCCUUUCUGGGAGAUGCGAGGAAUUCACGUGUGAUAGCAAUUCGGUCCAUCAACUACACGUGGACGUUUGUCGAUCUGAAGAGCCAGCUGAAUCCAACAUUAUUUACGACUAUUCAUUUCCUCAAGAAAAAGCGAUGGCGUUCAAAUACAGCGACAAAUCUUAUUAUCCAGCCCGUAUAGGCUUCUCACAAAAUUUAAAACUUUUUGCCCCGACUCCAGUGUAUACACCGUCACCUAUUUUUACAUAUCCCCCUGCUGAACCUGCCAAGUUCGUGAUGUCCGACGAUCUCUUCUCAGUGCCUCAAUCCGUUAUAAGCAGGAGUGGCUGGGGCCCCUGGAAGCCAAUUAGUUCGUGUCGUUCAGGGUGUCUAACGUCGUCAAAAGGUUUACGAUUAGUUCAAAGAGAUUGCGAAAGUGGGACCUGUAAUUCGGGUUCUAGUAGUAGCGUUCAACUUUGCAUACCAAACGAACAGGAAUGCCAACAAUAUCAGCCCGUGACAACAUUUGCGAACCAGGUGUGUCGACAGCAACAUUGGUCGGACCUUCAUCAUGGAAUUCAGUCGAUUGAACUUACCGAAGACGCGUGCGUCGUGCAUUGCCGUGAUCCACGGUCUGGUGCGCUUACAGCAGCUAUCGGCGAGACGGGUUGGUUUCCCUCGGGAACGUUGUGUGAUCUUCUGAAACCGGCAUAUUGUCUGAGCGGAAAAUGUGUUGAGUUUAAUGAAGAAGGAGUACCAAAGAAAAUUUGAACUGGAUCAAAACACAUUCACGAAUACUACAACGCAUUUUUUCAUCAAAAUUAUUUUUCAAGUGUUUUGUUUGAGUUUUUAUUUUGUAAAGCAUUUCUGUUUUUUGAAUGUGAAUGAAUACGAACAGUAAAACGCA